AUGACGCGGGGUGAUGGCCGUCAGUCACUAGCACAAGGACCGCCCUCAGAUAAGGAGAAUCGCCCCAGAUCGACAGGUAUCACCAAAAGAAACCAAACUCAAAAGAUGGCACCCCGCUCCGCCAAACGCGCCCGACUUUCAGCCAGGGACUCGAACAUCCAGGGUAGCCAGCGUCUAGCAGCGUCGCAGGCAAACCGGACCGAUGCCAAUCAGUUUUACGAUCCAGAUCAGGACGAGGGAGAACGACGACAGAUUCGUAAGGGCCUCAGAGAUCUGACGCGGGACCUCAAUGAUUCCAGAAGUGAAUACCUACAAGCGGGAAACCACGGACUUCGGGAUACCAUAAAGAAAGCAAAUGAGAUAUUUGAAAAUGUCAAGCAAACCUCUGAUGCAACUAUUGAUUCUCGGUUGCUUGUUCAAGCGGCAGAUUUGUCGUACAAGAAGACCGCACAGUUGGUAUUGGGGGAUGCCAGCGCUGGAAUAGACGUUGACGAAUUCGUCUCGAAAUGCAUUUCUUUCAUGCGGCGGGCCCCGACGGAGUCUCAAGCCUCAAUUCCUAGCAGCACACAGCGUCGGCGCACGGGCAUUGGAAGGAGCCAGGUUGACCCUAAUGACAGUGAUGAGGAUCAAGGCGAUGCAAUGAACUGGGACUGGCUCGGACGCGCUGCUUGUUUUUGUAGUAAUUCGCGACCGUCGGUACCUGGUUUCCUUCUAGGACCCCUGUCGGUACAAAAACGCAUCCGGCAGCAACCUACACGAAGAGCACGAGAACGGAUUGACCCAACACGGGCUGUUGCGCCGCAAACGCUUGAAGAAAAGGACCUUGACAGACAAGAGACCUCGAACCUCACGACCAUGUGUGCCGAAAUAAAUCGGCUCUUGGCGAGAACACAGAACCAGGGCCAGGAUGCUGUAAAUAGGCAACUGUCACAAUUAUCCGAGCCACCAACCGAUGAGUUGGUGCAGGAGGUGAUGGCUAAGAACAAUGUUGCCGAUGAUGGAGGCAUACCUCUGUUCCAGUUUUGCCUUAACCCGAAGUCAUUUGGACAGAGCGUUGAGAACCUAUUCUACGUUAGCUUCUUGGUCAGAGACGGUAUGGUCGGAGUGUCAGUGGACAGCCGUGGGUUGGCCACUUUACAUGCCUCGAAGCCUCAUGCGCCCAGCGAAGCCCAGAAAAAGGGGGUCCAGAAGCACCAAGCCAUUUGCAGCCUCGACUUUGAAGUAUGGCAAGACUUGAUUGAAGCCUAUGAUAUCAAGGACCCCAUCAUCCCUCAUCUCAAAAUGGAAACAGGCUCCCUCGCAGUUUUUUCUCCCGUCAACCUGACCCAAGAAGUACGCGACACCAUCGCCGGACUAGGCGGUAGUGUCAAGUAUAUCGCGGCUUUGGAUCUGGAACAUCACAUCCACUUGACCGCGUGGAAAGAGGCAUUCCCUGAUGCUGCAAUUAUCGCUCCCGAAGGACUCUGGGAAAAACGCCAGUCCAAUCCCAAAGUCAAAGAUGCUGCGCCCUUCGAACAUGUCUUCCGAAAGGAGUCCAAUGGACAACAAAAGAUCUCGGGGGAAUUUGAUACGGAAUUUGAGACAGAAUAUGUGCAUAGCCAUCCUUCGCGCGAAUUGGUCUUUUACCAUCGGCCCUCUCGCACGCUUAUUGAGGCGGACCUCUUGUUCAACCUGCCUGCGAGGGAGCAGUACUCGAAGACCAAGGAGAGCGCCACGUCUGGGGUUUUUACUAAGAUGGUUUCUCCUUUGAUGACUGCUAGUUCACCUGCGACUUGGCAGAAGAGGUUCGUGUGGUAUGUUCUGUCUAGUGGAGAUCGCCAAGCAUUCGCAGAGUCGAUACGCCGAAUUGACAAGUGGGAUUUUAAUCGCUUGAUUCCCUGCCAUGGGGAUGUUAUUGAGAGCGGUGCGAAGGGAGUUUUCCGCACGGUCAUGGAGUGGUUUCUAGCCGAUCGCAAGCAGGUCUAG